AUGGAGAUUAGUGGGUAUGACGACGGAGCUAACGUGUUCUUCUCACGCCUUCCUGCAGGAUGUCGCCAAGUGGGUCGUUGGAUGAUUUUCCUCAAUGAGAGCAAUUUUUGUGAAACCAUGGAUAAGUCAAAAAUUCAUGCUAUUUUCAAAUAUGAGUUCCAUUGUGGAACCAAUGCAACCUGGGCAGCUCGAAAUAUCGAUGAACUGUUUGGGAAGGAUGUAGCUAAUGAACUUAUAGUAUCUGGAUGGCUUGAGAAGUUCCAUUCUGGUGAUUUUAAUCUUGAAAGUGAGCCAUGUGGACAACCUGAGACCAAGGUGGAUAAUGAUGAGCUGAAAGCUGUAGUGGAAGCAAAUCCAUCUCAACCUACGUGUGAAUUAGCAGCAAGGUUACGGUCUCUGGUCAAACAAUUAGAGAGAGGGGAGGCCUCAGUGGUAGAUCUUAAGAAGAAUUUGGAAUAUGCAGCCACAGUGCUUGAAUCUGUAUACAUUGAUGAAACCAGGCGGCUCCUGGAUACGGAGGAUGAGCUCAGUGACAUUCAGUCAGAUGCAGUGCCUUCUGAGGUCCGAGACUGGCUGGCCUCCACCUUUACACGGCAGAUGGGGAUGAUGCUCCGGAGGAGCGAGGAGAAGCCCAGGUUCAAGAGCAUCGUCCACGCAGUGCAGGCUGGGAUAUUUGUGGAGAGAAUGUAUAGACGGACAUCAAACAUGGUUGGACUGAGCUACCCACCAGCUGUUAUUGAAGCAUUAAAGGAUGUCGACAAGUGGUCGUUUGAUGUCUUUUCCCUCAAUGAGGCAAGUGGGGAUCAUGCACUGAAGUUUAUUUUCUAUGAAUUACUCACACGCUAUGAUCUGAUCAGCCGUUUCAAGAUCCCCAUUUCUGCACUUGUCUCGUUUGUGGAGGCCCUGGAAGUGGGAUACAGCAAACAUAAGAAUCCUUACCACAAUUUAAUGCAUGCCGCCGACGUCACCCAGACUGUGCAUUACCUCCUAUAUAAGACAGGAGUAGCGAACUGGCUGACGGAGCUGGAGAUCUUUGCUAUAAUCUUCUCAGCUGCCAUCCACGACUAUGAGCAUACCGGAACUACCAACAAUUUCCACAUUCAGACUCGGUCUGAUCCGGCUAUUCUGUACAACGAUAGAUCUGUACUGGAAAAUCACCAUUUGAGCGCAGCCUAUCGCCUCCUACAAGAGGACGAGGAAAUGAAUAUUUUGGUCAACCUCUCAAAGGAUGACUGGAGGUAAGGAUGAGACGGGAGAGACACUUGGAGGCCAGGGAAGGAACUGUGAAGAUAAAUGAAUAUGGUGCUUUUGAGGCGAUAAUGCCUUGUUUAAAUUUUUUAUUAGCAUUUUCUCU